AUGGUUUUUCAGAUGUUCUCAGUUUGCAUUAUGGGUAAGACUCUUAUCAUACUCUUCUCAAAGUGUUUCAAUGGUUGCUGCAUUUUUUGCAACCGGAUCUUGUGUUUCUGGUGGAUUGUAAAACUGCUUCUGGGAAUACUUCAUUUGCUCACAGCAUAUCCCUCAUUCCAGGUCUUGUUAUGCGUUAAAGAGAUCUGUACUGUUUCAUUAGACAUCAUCUUUGGCAUAUCAAUAAACAUUAUCAGAAUAAAGCAGGCAUCAUACAAGAGAAGUUCUCUGGAAGAUUCACUUCUUUCUGCUGACACAGAUGUUGAGGAAGGCUGCCUUAAUGAAUCUGGAGACGCUCAGAGCUAUUUCGAUCUUAUGACAUUCAGAUCUAUCACUUCUGUGAUGAAUCAUGGUGUCACAAAGCAGCUUGAUUUUGAAGAUUUGCUUCAGCUUCCUACUGAUAUGGAUCCCUGUUCGUGUCAUGAUACAUUGCUUAGCUGUUGGCAAUCCCAACAGAGUAGUUGCCCUGAUCCAUCCCUGUUUAGGGCAAUCUGUUGUGCAUAUGGAUGGCCAUACUUUCGUCUGGGCUUGUUGAAGGUACUCAAUGAUUGUGUUGGUUUUGCGGCACCAUUGCUUCUCAAUAAACUGAUUCGCUUCCUUCAACAAGGUUCAGAGAGUUGGGAUGGUUAUGUUCUUGCAAUAUCCUUGGGCCUCGUAUCUAUCUUUAAGUCGUUUUUGGAUACACAAUAUAGUUUUCAUCUUUCGAGACUGAAGCUAAAGCUACGAUCUAGUAUCAUAACUGUUAUCUAUCAGAAGUGCCUAUGUAUCAAUCUAGCAGAGCGAUCAAAAUUUACUGAGGGGGAAAUCCAGACAUUCAUGGCAAUAGAUUCUGAUCGUACUGUCAACUUGUGUAACAGUUUCCAUGAUAUGUGGAGCUUACCCUUACAAAUUGGGGUGGCUUUGUUCCUUCUGUAUACACAAGUCAAAUUUGCAUUUGUUGCUGGGAUUGCAAUUACCAUCUCCCUGAUACCAGUGAAUAAAUGGAUAUCUACAUUGAUUGCAAGUGCUACAGUGAAAAUGAUGAAGCAGAAAGAUGAGAGGAUAAGGAGGACAGGAGAACUGUUGACAUAUAUCCGCACUUUGAAGAUGCAUGGGUGGGAGCUUCUGUUUUCUAGCUGGUUGAUGGAGACAAGAUCAUUAGAAGUUAUGCACUUAACUACGCGGAAAUACUUGGAUGCCUGGUGUGUAUUUUUUUGGGCUACAACACCAACUCUUUUUUCCCUGUUCACAUUUGGACUUUUCACAUUGAUGGGGCAUCAACUUGAUGCUGCAACGGUCUUCACUUGUCUUGCUCUGUUUAAUACUUUGAUAUCUCCUCUAAAUUCAUUUCCAUGGGUCAUUAAUGGAUUAAUUGAUGCCAUCAUAUCUAUCAAGCGGUUGAGCAGGUUUCUAUCUUGCUCUCAGUCCAAAUCAAAACUGGAAACAACAGCUGGUUCAUCUUCACCAUAUUUCUCAAAUGACAAAUCUGAAAUUUUCCAUGAAGAUAAGGCUGUUGUAUUCGAUGAUUCAUGUUGUGCUUGGUCAAGCAGCGAUGAAAAAGACUUGGAUUUGGUGCUGAAACAUGUAACUCUAGGCAUUCCAAAGGGUUCCUUCAUUGCAGUGAUUGGAGAGGUUGGUUCAGGUAAAUCAUCCUUGUUAAAUUCAAUUUUGGGGGAAAUGCGACUUGUCCAUGGAUCAGUAUAUUCAUGUGGUUCUAUAGCAUAUGUACCACAGGUCCCCUGGAUUCUAUCUGGAACAAUACGUGACAACAUACUGUUUGGAAAGCAUUAUGAUCCCAAAAGAUACUCGGAUACUUUAGAGGCAAGUGCUCUAGACCUUGAUAUUUCAUUAAUGGUUGGAGGUGACAUGGCUUACAUUGGAGAAAAAGGAAUCAACUUGUCAGGUGGACAGAGAGCUAGAAUUGCUUUGGCAAGGGCCAUGUAUAAUGGCUCCGAUAUGUUUAUUCUUGAUGAUGUCCUAAGUGCAGUUGAUGCACAAGUUGCUCGGUGUAUUUUGUAUAACGCCAUUUUGGGUCCGCUUAUGAAACAACAGACUCGUGUACUUUGUACCCACAAUGUUCAGGCAAUAUCUUCAGCCGAUACAAUUGUUGUUAUGGACAAAGGACAUGUCAAGUGGGUAGGAAGAUCGGCUGAUUGCCCUGUUUCUUCAUAUUCAACAUUCUCUCCACUGAAUGAAAUUGAUAUAUGUCUAAACAAUGAAAGCCAAGAAUGCAGUGCAGUCGAAGAUAUUCAUGUUGAAAGCCAACAAAAUCUUGUGCUAGAAAAAGAUACUGUGCCUGCUUCAGAUAGAACACAAGAGAUCAUUGAAGUUGAGGCACGAAAAGAGGGCAGAGUAGAACUUACCAUCUACAAGAAUUAUGCCACAUUUUCUGGUUGGUUCAUUUCAGUUGUAAUAUGCCUGUCAGCAAUCCUAAUGCAAGCUUCUCGUAAUGGGAAUGAUCUGUGGCUGUCAAAUUGGGUUGAUGCAACAAGAAGCAGUCGGAAAGAAUAUUCCACAUCCUUUUAUCUGGUUAUACUCUGCAUCUUUUGCAUUGUAAAUUCAAUUCUUACAUUAGUGAGGGCUUUCUCAUUUGCAUUUGGUGGCUUACGAGCUGCUGUUAAGGUGCAUGAUACACUGCUGAAAAGGCUUAUCAAUGCACCAGUACAAUUCUUUGAUCAGACACCAGGCGGAAGAAUACUAAACAGGUUUUCUUCAGAUCUAUAUACAAUUGAUGAUUCUCUCCCCUUCAUUCUUAACAUUCUCCUAGCCAAUUUUGUUGGCCUGCUAGGAAUUGCAAUAGUUUUGUCAUACGUACAGGUCUUCUUCUUGCUUUUGCUAUUGCCAUUCUGGUAUAUCUACAGCAAACUUCAGUUCUUCUACAGAUCAACAUCUCGGGAAUUGCGAAGGCUGGACAGUGUUUCUCGAUCUCCCAUCUAUACAUCCUUCACAGAGACACUUGAUGGCUCAUCAACUAUUCGAGCAUUCAAGUCUGAGGACCUCUUUUUCGCCAGAUUCACUGACCAGGUCAAAUUGUAUCAACAAACUUCUUACACAGAGUUAACAGCAAGUUUGUGGCUUUCCCUGCAUCUUCAGUUGUUAGCAGCGUUUAUCAUCUCAUUUGUUGCUGUCAUGGCUGUUAUUGGAUCUCAUGGCAGUUUACCAAUCAAUUUUAGUACUCCAGGGUUGGUAGGAUUGGCUUUGUCUUAUGCAGCUCCAGUUGUGUCUUUACUGGGAAGCUUUUUGACAAGUUUCACUGAAACGGAGAAGGAAAUGGUUUCUGUUGAAAGAGCUCUUGAGUAUAUGGACGUUCCACAAGAAGAACUGCAUGGAUCCCAAUCCUUACAUCCCAGUUGGCCCCAUCAAGGACAGAUUGAAUUCCAGAAUGUAACCUUGAGAUAUAAGCCAUCUUUACCAGCUGCACUCCGUGAUAUUAGUUUUACUAUCGAGGGAGGGAUGCAGGUCGGAUUUAUUGGAAGGACAGGAGCUGGAAAGUCUAGUGUCUUGAAUGCCCUUUUCCGCCUCACACCAAUCUGUAAAGGAUGUAUUCUUGUGGAUAGCAUAAACAUAGCUAGUGCUCCAAUCAGAGAUCUUCGUGGACAUUUCUCUGUUGUUCCUCAGACUCCUUUUUUAUUUGAAGGAUCAUUAAGGCUUUGGAGAGAUGCCAUGUCAAAGAGGAAGUAGAAGCAGCAGGAGGGCUAGAUAUUCACCUGAAGGAAUCAGGGAUGUCAUUUUCUGUUGGGCAACGACAGCUUCUUUGCCUUGCACGUGCACUUCUGAAGUCUUCAAAGGUCCUGUGUUUGGAUGAAUGCACGGCUAAUGUUGAUACGCAAACAGCAUCAAUAAUACAAAAAACUAUAUCUAGUGAAUGCAGAGGGAUGACAGUUAUCACAAUUGCUCACCGUAUUUCCACUGUCUUAAAUAUGGACAGUGUCUUGGUCCUUGACCAUGGUAUCCUGGUUGAACAAGGAAAUCCGCAGGCUCUCCUAGAAAAUGAGUCCUCCAGAUUUUCAAGUUUUGCUAAAGCUUCUACAAUGUGAUUUCUGAACCAGUAUUGCUGUGCUCAUCGCUGACUUCUCGCAAUCUGCAAGUUUGAUGUGCAAUAGAGGUCAUAGUUUAUUGUAAGUUUGUAGCCUAAGUUGUCAAUACCGUAAGGUCACUGUUAAAUACAAGCUAUAUAGCCAAGUAGUGUUUAACAUGCGAUAAUGAAUCUCUAAUUGACCUUAACUGGUCGGCUGCCUGGGAAAUGUAAGAACGAAAGCCACCCAUUAAUAGUUAUGUUAAAAUCCAUAGACUUUCCCUUCACAGAGGUCUAGAAGAAGCAUGAAGUUCUCUUAGUAAUAACAUCUACAGUGGUAUAAAGAUUUCCAUGGU